UGUGCUGUUCUGUCCCAUAAUUCCCUGUUCCGAGAGCAGCAAUGUCACCUUACACUAACCGAGGAACAGAGAAAAGAACUUCAGUACCAGAGUGAGGAGGUGCUAUCAUGUAUCCACCUUCUGGUACAGAUGGGAGCCUCCAUCCACAGCCGAGAUGUUAAAAGCAACAAGACAGUACUUCAUUACACGGUACAGGAUGGGAACAUCUUCCUGCUCAAGUACUUCUUAGAACUCAAUUCUUUCAUGUCUGAGGACUUUGUCAACAGUAAGGCUCAUGGUAACACAGCUUUGCACAUGGCAGCUGCUCUUUAUCAGGACAAAAAUCAGGAAGAAAUUAUCAAAUUGCUCCUGGACCAUGGGGCGGACCCAAGCAUCCGAAACUUAGACAACGACCAGGCAAUUCACAUGGCACAGUCAGGAAAGGCUGGCGAUCGGGUCAGGCAUUUGCUGAAGAAAGGGAGAGUUGCAUCAGCAUUUGUUACCUGCCGUCGAAACGCCAGAUCCUAGAUCACCUGCC